GUACCGUGGUGCUAGGAAACAUGAACGUAUGCUAACAUCUCAAAUGGCGCUGGAAUUAUACGUCAUCGCGGAUCGUUUCUCAGCGCAUGAGGUUUCUCUACCUCUCCCCCCAUUCUACUCUUUUCCUGCCGGAAGAUGAUGACAUUGAGGAUGAUGAUGUGAUACUGAACAACCAAUGAUCAGGCAAGAAGGGAGUGGAGGGGGUGUGUUCAGAGGCUGAGCUUGGAUCUGAUCACUGCUGAUGAGAAUGCCGAGGAAGAAGGGGAAGAGAGGGAGGUAGAGGUGGGUGGGGGAGGCCUUGUCCAAGGUGAAGAGCGCCAACGCUGGUUUAAUAAAAGACGAGAAGAGGAGAAAGGGGAGCAGGAGGGAAAUGGAAAGCUAUCGCCUGUAAGAAGUGGAUCAACCUGCGUUGUCAUGGAAAAAUUUCGACCAAAAAGACCAACCACCCUGGCUCUGUUCCCCCAGCUACCACAAGCUGGAACCCAGGACUCCAUUAACAACAACUCUUUAGGCAAGAAUGACCGCUGGAAGGACUCCUGUUCCCCCUCCCCACAUAUUACAGGGGAUCUAACACCCCCAGUCCAACCAAAAGCAGAGGACAAAGUCCAACAAAAAACGCGCCGCCUGGCACCAAAACCACCCCCAGCCAACGGAGUGAACAGCAAAACUAGCUCUCAGGUUGCUGCUGUAGAGACGCAAGCUCGACUGAGAGAAAGACAAGUGUCAGGGUUCACACAGACACAGCCCUACACCACAGCAAGGAGUCAAAUGAAAGGAAUAAGAGGAGCCCUAGCAAUGAGAGAGAGGAGCCUGGGCGACACCAGAGGUCACAAUGGAGGGACAACCGGGAAGGAAGAUAGAAGAGGUGGAAGGCUGUGUGAUCAGUCCAGGGGGAAGGAGAAAGAGAGAAAUGGACAUCAGAGGCCAAGAGAAACAAAUGGACUGAAAAGCUGGGGGGCUCAUGGGAAAGGAAAAGUAGGUUCUAAAGGAGUUAACAAAGCAGGGGUAGUGAAGCCCAAUAACAUACUGUCCAACCAAAAAGUAUAUCUUACAGCCAUGGUGGUCCCACGCACGCCUCUAGCACCACGAACCGAGGACAAGACCCAUAACCAAGGCCAAAACCAUGAAAGGAUCCAAGACAACCCCUCAAUCCUCUCCCUGUCCAGCAGCGAGGGGGGGCUAAACAGAAUGUCCCUCAGCUCAGAUACAGAGGGACCCCCACCAGGGCCUCCACAUCCUUCUCAAGUCCACCGAAUCGACACAGACAUCAGCGAAGAAGAGGGAGAAGGAGAUCCAACUCCGUGCUUGAACAUCCAGAUUGGUCCAACCCCUUGCCUUACAGAUAAUGAAAAAGCUGAGGUGGACUGUACAAAGUCAGAGGUGGAGGCAAGGGGAGGAAAAGGUGACUAUAACAAUAAGGUGGGUGGCACCACCUUUGUCACUCAGGGAGAUGGUGCGGCUGCUCAGGUUGCACCAAAGAGGGAAGAUAUGGCACAGUUAAACUAUGACUCUGUUAAAUACACUCUGGUGGUCGAUGAACACGCUCAGUUAGAGCUGGUCAGCCUCAAGGACUGCUUGCACAGUUACAAUGAUGACAGUGAUGCAGAGACGGUCUAUCAGUCAGCCAAUGAGGAGGAAGAUCCAGAGUAUGAGGAGGAAAGGAAGAGGAGAGAGAAAGCAAGAAAGCAAGACAGAAGGAAAGAGGAGGAAAACAGACGAAAGGUGGAGGAUGAGACAAAGAUGAGGAGAGAAGAGGAUGUCAAGAGGAGGAGGAGGGAGGAAGAGGUGAAGAGGAGGAGGGACGUUGUGGGAAGGAUCUGCAAGCAGUCCAAGGUAACAUCAACCACAACUUCAGAGGAGGAAGAACCUGAUGGAGGAAGACCAGGAGCUUCAAGAAGUAAGAAGUUCCACAACCUGUUUUCCAACAACAGCAGUCAUUACAGCACCACAGGUGCUGGGUCAUUUGGUGUGUUCUCCUGUGUUUUGGAUGGAGUGGAGAGACAACAGAGCCACAGAGCUGUCUACAGGUUUGUCCCCCGUCAUGCAGACGAGCUGUAUCUAGAAACAGAUGACCCAGUGUUAAUGCUGAACCAGUCGGAGGACCUUUGGUGUCAAGGUUACAACAUGAGGACCGGAGAUACUGGCAUCUUCCCUGCCUUCUAUGCUGUGAGGGUGGCUAAAGAUACUAACCAAGUCCAGAAAGAUGGCUGGACAGAUCAGUUCCUGGGGCAAUUCCUGGGUUCAGUUCAGGUCCCAAUCCACAAAGGCAAUGACAUGCUUUGUGCUGCAAUGCAGAAGGUGGUGUCUAACAGGCGGUUAGCAGGUCAGACUCCUUUAGCUUGUGUGCUGGAGGUUAGUGUAAAGGGUGUGAAGAUCAGUGUCCAAGACCAGUGUCACUCUGCACAUAGGGGGGACCAGUGUUUCCAUUUCUUCCAGUUGAAGAACAUCUCAUUCUGUGGCUGUCAUCCACAACACAACAAGUAUUUUGGUAUCAUCACCAAGCACCCUGACCAACAGCGUUUUGCCUGUCAUGUGAUGAUGUCAGAGACAACAUCACAUCCUUUGGCCGUAUCUGUGGGGAGGGCAUUCCAGCAGUAUUACAAGGAGAACAUUGGCUUCUCCUGUCCCACUGAAGACAUCUUUAUUGAGUAGCACCUCUCCCCACCUAAUUAUGCAUUGAAUACUCACCAUGUGCAUAUCAGCCGGGUGUUACACAACGAAUUUGAUUACUUGUUUGUCUUUGCACGCAGGACAUCUCUCCUUACCAUUACCCAGUGAUACAACAAGCUUGUCCUUACCUUGGUCAUGUCACAGUACAAAUGUUUCCAUGGAUGGACUGGAUAAGAUGACACGUUCCACACACUGGGAUCAAAUGCGACAUGCGCCCUAACUAAAUUCAAAUACAAAAAUGGGUUUUGUAAAUGUUUUAUGGCUUACGUGGUUGAAAUUGGAUGUAAAACCGUAUAAACAGCUUACAGGAUUUUAUGUAAUGACAGAAUCCUUUUCGUCAUUUCAUUAACUUGCCACCAUAGGUGAAUCGUAUGAUAAUUAAUCUGGACCUUUUUGGUUGAUUUGAUUAACCAUUUCAUAUCAUGUAUCGGAAAAA